AUGCACCAGCUGGAGGUGGAUGAGAUGCUCGAUGCAUGGGUAAUCAAUUUGUACUCCAACAGUUGGCAAAAAUCAUACGAUGCUUACGAUAAGUUGUUUAAGAUCGAUAAAAAAAUGCGUUAUGUGAUUUGGUACCGACAAUUAAGCUCCUGGCGGAAUGGCCUUUGUCCUCCCUAUUGA